AUGAAGUUCUCCGCUGUUUCUCUCGUUGCUCUUGCAGCUGGUGCCAUCGCUGCUCCGGCCCCGGUUGCUGCUCCUGAAGCUGCCCCAGAGCCAGGAUACAAGAACUAUGGAUCUUACCCAAAGCAGUACGCCAACUAUGGCAGCUACAACUACAAGAAGUACUCCAACUAUGGACACUACAAGAGGGACGAGGAUGUAGAGAAGCGCGAGGCCGCACCCGAGGCCGCGCCCGAGGCUGAGCCAGAGCCUGCUAAGUACUCUAACUAUGGAAGCUACAACUACAAGAAGUACUCCAACUAUGGACACUACAAGCGUGACGAAGACGUAGAGAAGCGCGCUGAUUACUCUGACUACGGAUCAUACCCUACCAAGUACUCCGACUACGGAUCAUACCCUUCAAAGUACACUGACUACGGCUCUUACGACUACAAGACGUACGGAAGCUACGGCACGUACAAGAGAGCCAGCGACUGGGUCAAGUCCUUCUUCUAA